AUGGCAAAGCUGGACUUGGAACAGAGCUCCGGGACUUCGGAGGUGAAUGAUAAGAGUGCACAAGUCAAACCAUCUCGCAUCCAGCGAUGGAAGGCCCAUAUGCAGAAGUGGUGGUGGCUAUACCUGAUCUGCUUCUGUGCCAUCGUCCUGGUGGUGGUUCUGCCGAUCAUCUAUGUGGGCGUUCCUCGAAUUGCGAGCCAAUACAUCAACGACUAUAAGUAUGACUAUACGGGCUUGCAAAUCACAAACCCCAGGCCCUCGGCCUUUCAUGUCAGCCAAACACAGAAGUUGAAAAUGGGUGGAGGCUUCAGUGGCAGUGGCCAUCUCUCUGCGUUCAAUGCAACUAUCACUGUUCCUGGCACAUCAACACCAAUGGCUAUCUUCCCUGUUUCCCAAAUUGAUUUCAGCGAUGGUGCAGACUUUUCUAUUAGCCAGGAUCUGGAUCUGUUGUGUGUCGACUGUCUUUCACAGUUGGCGGCAGCAGCAGCUUCGGACAAGGAGUAUGCAGUGCUUGUCACGGGGGAUCCGGAUCUCAAGUUCGGGGCAUUGCCGACAGCGCAUUUGGAUAUACACAAGACGAUGAAGAUGCAAGGGUACAAUGUUCAGGAAUUCCUCAACAGCGAUGGCGCAUUUAACGUGACGAGCCUUGAUCUCCUGAGCCCAACGACCCCGGAAGGAUAUAACGUGAACGCGACGGUUGCUUUUCACAAUCCGACCCCUUUCAGCGUCGAGAUGGGCUUUGUCAGUCUCAAUCUCUCUGUUGGAGACACGUCACUGGGCUAUGUCGAUCUGCCCAACUUGACGAUCGAAGGCGAUAUCGUUAACACGGUUGUGCUUGGUAGCAUUGAUGAGACACUCCUCAUCAAGAAAGGCUUGUGGGAGAGUAGCAACACAGACUUUGGCAAGGUCAACAUCGAUAUCCACGGAAACCGCUGUGAAUAUGGAGGACAGGAGAUCCCCUACUUUACGGCUGCGAUUCGGGCCAUCAAUGCGUCUGCUAAGAUUGAUUUGAUGGAUUAUGUGGGGGAUAUAUUGUGA